AUGCCCGCUCGAGAAUAUAACUAUGUAGAAGGUUUUGGGGAGUACGGAUCGUUGGACGACGAUGAUUCAGAUAGAGAUUCUGAACGUAGGAAUCACGAUCCAAGACAGCGAACUAUAACCACAAGUCCAACAAGUGUAUCAAGACACGCUGCAUUAAAUAGGUAUAUGGUCCCAGGCCGUAAUAGUAAUCCUCUCUUCAGAGCGACAGACCCUGCCCAACCUCCCAUAGCGCCUACAUCGACAGCAGGGCCCAACAACAGAUCAGGCCCCGGAAGGAUAAAGGAACACCCUGAAACAAACUUCAAUGCAUUUCUUAUAGCACAGCUAACCAGGAUGGAAGAGCAAAAUUCGAAUCUGAAGGAAGAAAUCAGCCUAAUGAAAAAAGAACAAGAGCUUUUCUUUCUAGAGAACCAAAAAAAGUUGGAGAAAGGGUUUAAAGACAUCAACAAGUAUGUUGAAGAUGUUUCCGCAAUGAAAGAAGUCUUCAAAGAGGUAGUUGGUAUUAUGACCGGGGAAAGAAUAAGGUUUAUAGACCAUACCGGGGAAAAUGUUACUCCCCAGGAAGCUGCUCGUGUUGGAAAUCCUUCAAAAAGUACGCAAACUCAUGAGAGUCACUCAAGAUUGACAAAUUGGCAAGAAUAUAGUAUGCACGCAAGUAUAUUAGCAGGUGAUCCUCGCAUCAAGCCUGAGCCAGGACUAUCUGAUUUUGAAAAUGGAGAAUAUGAUGAGAACCAAAGUGAUAGCAACGGUAAUAGCGAGAAUAUUGCUUUAAAUAAUCCCGAUUCUACUACUAAUGAUGACGAUAUUAAUAACCAACGCGAUGGAACUGGAAACGAGAAUGAUAUCAGGAACAGGGGAGGGUAUGUCGGAACGUCAUAUAAACUAAAUCGUGCAAUCCAGAACGUUACAGAUGCAGCUCGUGAAUAUUUUGAAGGCCUACCAGGGCAACCAUCAGUUCUUUCCCUUGAGAGGAGAUACGGGUCCACUUGGAGGCGAUCUGCCAAAGAAAGGACUCUAUUUACUAAGAGAAUGACCAUCAUAAAAAGAAUAAUAGAUAUAAAAGAAGACCCAAGCAAAUAUGGGUUGUCGCUACCUGAAAAUAAAAUAAGUAGAAACCAAGCCAUUAAAGUUGUCGAGAAUAUUCGAUUAGGAAAUAAUACUUUCAAGGGACACCAUUGUCGAUUAUCAAUGUCCCAGUUAUACGAAUAUUUCUCCAAGAAAAUGGACAAACUCGAAGACUAUUCACUCACUUUAAAAAGAAGAGGUAAGCCAAGAAGAAUUUUUCUCUUAGAAGAGAGAGAAGCCAGACUAUCAUUACAACAGCCACGUAGUAUACCAAAUUCCAGUACAAGCACACCAGAAAACGAUCACGACACCUAA